AUGCCUAAAGGUCCCCUUGAAUGGGGUCAGAUUAAUUUCUUGCACACCACUGAUACCCACGGGUGGCUAGAAGGGCAUAUCAAGGAACAGAACUAUGGCGCCGACUGGGGGGACUACGUCAGUUUCACAAAACAUAUGAAGCAGAAGGCGCGAAAGCUCGGCGUUGACUUACUUUUGGUUGAUACAGGUGAUCUGCAUGAUGGCGCCGGACUGAGUGAUGCAUCCACUCCCAACGGCAAUAUCUCUAAUGCCGUUUUUGAGAACAUCGACUACGAUAUAUUGACUAUUGGAAACCAUGAGCUAUACGUUACUGAGAUUGCCUACGAGACUUUUAGCAACUUCUCCAAAGUCUACGGAGAGAAGUACCUCACUAGCAAUGUGCAGAUCAUUAAUCCAGCUACGGGUCAGUUUGAGUAUAUCGGACAUCACUACCGUUACUUUACUACUGAACAAGGCCUCCGCAUCAUGGCCUUUGGUGUUUUGUUUGACUUCGCCGGCAACAGUAACGUCUCCAAAGUCACUAAAGCCGCCGAUAUGAUCCAGCAGCCAUGGUUUCAACAAGCCGUGAACUACACAAAGUCGAUCGACCUAUUCUUGAUCACAGGACACAACCCUGUGCGAACGGCUGCAGCCACUAGCACUAUGGGCACCGUGUUCAAGGCCAUUCGAAGCAUGAGGCCAGACGUGCCUAUCCAAGCAUUUGGUGGACACACACACAUCCGAGAUUUUACAGUAUAUGACAAUAAAGCCACUGGGCUUGAAUCUGGUCGUUAUUGCGAGACUCUUGGCUGGCUCGCAAUGUCUGGAAUCAAUUCAAGCACUUGUAAAGCACCCCACAACCCCAAGGGCGUCCCUAAUCCCACACGUAGCGCGGUAGCACCUGUUAGCACUGGUACUGUGUCCGCUAACGCAUCUUUGCCAAUGUCUACCUCAAAAUCCACAAUGCGCUAUGCGCGUCGAUACCUUGACUGGAACCGGAACACUUUCGCCUAUCAUGCUGUUGGCAGCCAGCGUUACACUGACUUAGAUACUUCAAAAGGCCUCAGCGUGAGCUCUCAGAUUACCUCAGAGCGCGCCAAGCUCAACCUGACCGAUCUCUACGGUUGUGCGCCAGCAACAUAUUGCCAAUACUGCAAGCCAUUCAUGGCUGAAGGCAACAUAUUUGGACUUUUACAAACUGCACUAGCUACGGUUGCUGUGAAUGAGACCCGCAAGGACACUCCACGACUCAUCAUUAUAAACACGGGCAGUGUCCGCUUCGAUCUUGCCCAGGGACCUUUCACCUAUGACGACUCAUUCAUUGUCUCUCCGUUCAAAGACGCGUUUCAGUUUAUUCCAGACGUGCCUUAUGAGCAGGCUUCGAAAGUUCUUGCCAUACUAAACGCGGGCCCCUUCCAAAAGAAGAAGAGAGAUAUCAGCACCGCCGAUUUCGGUUUCAGCCCCAUCCUCGCAGACCGAGAUACUUGUAUUGAUCCUCUACUUACACACCAUUAUGAUGGAAUGACCCGCCGCUCGAAACAAGGUGGCCGUCUCAUCCGUCGCCAAUCUACUGCUCCAAACCCAGGCCACAUCACCCAAGACGACUUCGGUACUGAUGGCGACGACACGGUGCACUCCCCCAUUCCAAACUACUCGCAACCAAACGACCUCCAGGCAAACGCCUCUUUCCCGCUUGAUGGGUCCAUGCCAAAGACGGUUGACCUUGUGUUCCUGGACUUCAUUGCGAGUUACAUUGUCAAUGCUCUAAACACACCCGAUGUUGGCGGCGAUUUCUCACUAGGGCAGGUGUCCUACUAUAUGGAUAAGAGCUUUACCACUAACAGUUACCUGCCAGCAUAUGCAAAAAUCGCCUGGCAAGCAGAUGUACCGAACUGUCCGGUAGGGAAAGGUAUUGGCACUUCGUAG